CGCUCAAGGAGACGGCAGUGUGUGAGGAGGACCCGCGUGUAUGCGCGCGCGCGUGUGUGUGUACGUGUGUGUGCGCGCAUGUCUCGGGCUAAGGUCGGAGAUUCCCCAGCACGCUGACAGGAGAGCCCCGCUUGUCUGAGAGCGGCAGCCGGCAGCGGGUGAUAAAGCUUCAAGUGAAGAAGAGCAGCGGGAGGAAGAAGAACCGGCGGAGAGCUGCUUCAUCUUGGCUUUUAAACUUGACUGCUCCUCCACGCGCUCUCCCGGCGCAGAGAAGGAAAGCAAACAAGUUGAUUCCGAAGAAGGGUCGAUUCAGCCAAAGCUGCACUAGAUCUUUUUUUUUAAGCAUCCCUUUGGAGCCCCUCUCCCCGUCCCUUCUGAGCGCGCAGUGACAGAAGGAGGGACGGGAGAACCGGGCAGACGGACCGUGAAGCUGCGCGUCUUCCCCGGUGCAGGACCCAUUGGAUGCGGGAUGAUGGAUUAACAGCCUAGGCUGUGCACGACCCCCUUGUCCACCUCGGGAUUAUUUCGGCUCUCACUGACCCCCCUCCUUCCCUCUCGAGAUGACCGAGGAAUAUGUUUUUCGGUGCGUCCUGAUGCUCUGCUGCGCGCUUCUCUCGGCCAACGCGAGUAACUGGCUGUACCUCGCCAAGCUGUCAUCAGUGGGGAGCAUCAGGGACGAGGAGACGUGUGAGAGGUUACGAGGCCUGAUCCAGAGACAGGUUCAGAUCUGUAAGCGGAGCGUGGAGGUGAUGGAUGCGGUGCGUCGUGGAGCCCAGCUGGCUAUAGAUGAGUGUCAGUUUCAGUUUCGCAACCGUCGAUGGAACUGCUCCACACUGGAGUCGAUGCCUGUGUUUGGGAAAGUGGUCACGCAAGGCACCCGUGAAGCAGCCUUUGUGUAUGCCAUCUCAGCAGCCAGUGUGGCGUUUGCGGUCACGAGGGCCUGCAGCAGCGGGGAGCUGGAAAAAUGUGGUUGUGACCACAAUGUACAUGGAGUCAGUCCAGAGGGGUUCCAGUGGUCAGGCUGCAGUGAUAACAUUGCAUAUGGAGUGGCCUUCUCUCAGUCCUUUGUCGAUGUGAGGGAGAGGAGUAAAGGCCAGUCCUCCAGUCGGGCUCUCAUGAACCUGCACAACAACGAGGCCGGCAGAAAGGCCAUCCUGUCUCACAUGCGUGUGGAGUGCAAAUGCCACGGCGUCUCAGGCUCCUGUGAGGUGAAGACCUGCUGGAAAGCCAUGCCACCAUUUCGCAAGGUGGGCAACAUCAUCAAGGAGAAGUUUGAUGGCGCUACCGAGGUAGAGCAGCGGAAGGUGGGCACAACCAAAGUCCUAGUUCCUCGCAAUUCCCAGUUCAAACCUCACACGGAUGAAGACCUGGUCUACCUGGAACCAAGUCCAGAUUUCUGCGAUUACGAUCCACGCACGCCAGGGAUGCUGGGCACGGUGGGUCGCCAGUGUAACCGAACAUCCAAGGCCAUCGACGGCUGUGAGCUGAUGUGCUGCGGCCGUGGCUUCCAGACACAGGAGGUGGAGGUGGUGGACAGGUGCAGCUGUAAGUUCCACUGGUGCUGUUACGUUAAAUGCAAACAGUGCCGUAAAAUGGUGGAGAUUCACACGUGCCGGUGAUGGAGGCGGAGGCACAGAGGGAACUGCUGAUAGACAAAAAAUGCCCCGUACUCCUGAUCGGCUAAAGAAAAGAGGGAGUAGGGAGGACUUGUUUAGUUCCUUCAUCUCCUUUAACCAUCCCAGCCUCCUACUGCUAUUCAACAGACACAGACUGAUUGCCCGAGAGGUCAAAGGUCAUCUGAUCCUUUAUUUUUUUUUGCCACCUUAGUGGACGUCAGUAGAUUAGGCAUGGGAUUUCCUAUAAAGCUACAGUCUGUUUGUUUCUUCUCAAGUAGAGAGCAUCUUUCAGUUCCUGAUUCGCUCCCUCACAGUCAUAUUUAGUUUGUCAUUGAUCCUUAUUUUUGUAAUGUUUAACUUAUUUGUUGAGAGUUUUGCUGAGGGGGUUGACAGGGGCAGUUAUAGAAGGACUACAGACAAACCGACGAGUGGAGAUUAUCAUGGACAAACUAGACAAACGGCUAGGCAGUUUGGGGGUUUGGGGGUUGUGUUAAGGAGGAGGGUUGUUGGCCGUCAGCCCUCGUUGCUGCUGCUGCUUCAGGGACUCACUUGGAGACAAAAAUGGAGACUGCGAGUCUGUCACAGGACAGGCUAAAACAACAAAGAGGAACUCUUUGUGAUUUGCUUUCUGAGUAUACAUGGCUGCGCUGAGGCUCAUUUGCCUCUGAGUCGCUUAUUUUGCCCUCCGCAACACCCUGAUGCUGCUCUACUCACUCAUCCACUGUCUUCCUACCGACAAGAGGACGAUGACGGACGGACGAAAGCCACUGUCAGCUGUGUCCUGUUUUUUCAGUAGGCAGGUGAUGGGCGUCGGUCAAACAAAACACUCACACCUGCAUUCACCCACAGCUGCUAGCCACAAACACACACCAGACAGCUUCCAUGAAAAACACUUUCUACGUCAGCUUCGGCGCAUGUCCUUAGCAUCACCCUGUGUGCUCGUUUGAGAAUCGAUGCGGGUUCUGACCUUGUGCUGCACGCUGUCAUCUGCCAAAUGCUAGUCAGCUUAAUGCAAACAACACACAGUCAAGUUAACACACAGCGACAUGCCUGCAUCUCCAAACAGACAUAAUGUAAAUACACAUUCAGACAUACAAAGAAAGGGGUCUGCCAGAGGGUUGCCGAGCAUGUUCAUCACACAUGAUGACUGAAGCACUUUCUCUCCAAGCGCACAUAGAGCCCUCGCCCUACAGCAGCAAACACAAAAUCACACGACCAAGUGUUCCCUGUUCCUUUCCUAACACGCACACACACACACACACUACACACACAGUUUCUCAUGCCACUUUCAGGACUCUACUGUCAUCUUGUACCACCAUCAUAAAGCCAAGCUUUCCUAUAAUAACUUGCUAUCAUCAUAGAGACAUACUGUAGAUCUGUAAAGACUUAUACACUGAAGACUAUACUGCCUAUGAAUGUAUGUUAAUAAUGAAUAUAUGCU